AUGCCGGAUGAUUCUUUGAUUUGGCACUUUGAAGCUAACGAAGAGUUCUCGGUGAGAUCCUCCUAUCACUUGUGUAUGAAGGCAAAGACGGACAAGUCUCCUGGCCCAUCAAGCGCACCUGAUCCAAGGAUUUGGAAAGACAUUUGGAGAGCUUCGGUUAACCCGAGGAUCCGAAAUUUCCUAUGGAGGGUGACGAAGAACAUUCUUCCUACCAAGGACAAUCUGUGGAGGAAAGAGAUUCAACUGGAACGUUCUGUUAAGUGGAGAUAUACCCAGCAUCUAACUAAUAUGCACCAUGAUGUUCCAGAUUGGUUAGCUCAUAACGAUUUGCUAUAUCAGAACAUUCGGAAAGAUCCAAUUAUGUUAGCUGUGGAUUCCUUGAGGAGUGUGGAAGAGUUUAAUAGAUGGAAUCCAUAUUGGUGUGCCCAUAAAAAGCUGGUAGUGCAGACGAAUUAUCUUGCGGUGAAUAUACAUGUGUUACAGGUGGAUGCAGGUGUUUUGCCAUCUGGAAAUGUGGCUUAUGGCUGCAUCUUUAAGGAUCCUAAUGACAAAGUUAUCCUGGAAGCUUGCAAAAAGGAGUCAUUGAUUGUUGAUCCCGCUGUAGCGGAGAUGCUUGGAAUACGCUGA